AUGACUCGAGGAUAUUGUAUUGCCAAAGAUCUCGCGCAGGCUUGGCAGGGACUGACGCUAUCCGAUGUCGAUGCCGUAGAGGGCAACGCACUGAACGCUCCUCGAUCCCUGUCAACGAUGGACGAACCGUUCCGCAUUGCCAACGGGAUGACCAUCUCCUCCGACGACUUGUGGCACGACAGCCUGCCCCAGAGCAUGGACGACGACACUCCAAAGCAGCUCAUUUUCGGGCAAGAUUUCUUCCCCCCUCCGGGCAAGCUCAGCAUGAGCGCGGCCAACGGCCUCAGGGCAGGGUAA